AUGCCAUUGGUUGGUCAAACAUCCGACGACGCGGUAACAUUAUCCCGAACGGAGCCCUCUCGGCCCUCUAUGAGCAGAAGGGAGACACGAGUAAGCAUGAGCUAUAAGGAAGGUUUCAUAGAACAGUGGCAGCAGAUUUCAGCCAGGUCGCCGCCACAUUCCGGCGAUAGUAGCCCGCUUGAUCCGCCACCAAUACAUGACUCUCCCUGGAGAGAACGGUCAACAGCCCAGAGUACUAGUGCAAGUCAGUCAUCGCCUGAACGUCGGAGCCCAGUUUCAGAGACAUAUUCUCGCUGCAGUAACGUGCCCUCUGGAGAAAUCGCAGAGGAUCAAAUAUCUGUUAUCGGCAGUUGGGAACUGGACCACCAGGAUGGUAGGAGUAUCGCACAGGUUACAGACUCACAUUACCAACAUAGAGCACCGAAGUCUCCAACAACGCCUCACAUAAUAUUUUGUCCCACCAUGAACGAAUUACCCGAAGUUGAUUUCGAGGGAAGAAAUAUCAAAGGCCGGACAACACUCCCUGCGCGUCUGCAGGUGCUUGACAUUGGGGUGCAAACUAUAUUCAUAGCACGUAAUUCUACUACCUUAAUCGAUUAUGAGCCGGCGUUUCUUGGAGAGGUGUUUGUCUCUGAGUUUCUCCGCCAUGUGCUUGGCAGCGCAUAUAAUCCAGAAGAACAUUGGACAAGUCCCCUGCGAAGUCGCCGUGGCUACGCCCCUUUCACGGCGCCUAAUAAUUCUCCUUUGUCAAGCUUUUACAUUGAUGCCAGAGCGGGACAAGCAAUGACCGACUUUUUGAUAACAAUGUUGGUUAAGCAGGCAGAAAAUUGGAAAUUCUUCCCCCCGGAUUAUCAUAUUGAUGUCCAGACCACGGUAGAUGAUAUAUCUGCAUCCUUUACCUGGAACAUGUUCAACUUCGACAUGGCACGGCCGCAGGCACGUAAAUGGCGGGUACAAGGCUCAUCCCAGCACCAAGACCGCAUCUACAUUCUCAUACGAGUCUCGAAUAUCUAUGAGGAUCCUAUGGUCCGCAUGUUCGUGGAUCCAUGGAAUAUGAUUGAAGAGGAAGAGCUCCUGAUAAAGACCCCAUCAAACCUAGUCGCGAAUAUCCACAGUGACGCACGUCCUGGGAUAGAGCUCAUUGACUUCCAAAACAAGAAGUCACCGCAGCCUGAUAGCUUCGUGUCCCAGAUAUCUUUGUAUACUGCGCUGGCAAUAUCAGGUCAGCGCUCCACGGUUAAAUCCAAUGUGUACGUCUGGAAGCCAUUGAAGGAACCCGCAAGACAGAUAAGGCUUCUUCAUCUUCUGCCAGGAACUGGUAUCGAAGACCUUAGAGGGGAUUUGAUGAUCGCAGCUAUAACAGACCGGGUGAAAUAUGACGCUAUUUCUUAUACCUGGGGAAGUGCGCUUCAGCCCUUCACGCUGCACACCACGGAAGGGAAUAUUCCCAUCACAACAUCAUUAUAUGUGGCAUUGAUGCGAAUGCGUAAGCAUAAAGAGGCAAUUUGGCUCUGGGUAGACGCGGUCUGCAUCAACCAGAAGGAUGAUAUUGAGAAGGCAGCCCAGAUAUCCAUGAUGCCAGAUAUUUUUAGGUCGGCCACACGUGUCUACGCGUGGAUCGGUGAAGAGGAAGAUGGGAGUUCUGAAGUUAUACAGACCAUAAAGCAGAUUGCAAAGCAGAGGCUGGAGCCCACUAUGCCGUCUGCGAACAGAUACCAAGAUAUCCCGCCCCUCGGAAGGACAUUCUGGAAUAACCUAGGCAGGUUGCUUGAACGCAAAUGGUUCCGGCGGAUUUAG